UGACGUGGCAGAAGGCGGAAGCGAUGUUGCGGCAGGUGGGAGCUCAGGGGCUAUUAUUUCCUAGCGCGGGCCAGGGACGCUGAGUGGGUUACUCACAUCGGGACUGAAGGGACGAUUUAAUAUUGGAGAGGGAGGAUAGUAACGAUGAGACGGAAGAUGUUUCACUUUUUGAUGGAGAAGACGAAAUGUCCAGAAAGCCCAAGAAAUCAAAAAUAAAACACCCUAUAGCUUCCUUUUUCCACUUGUUCUUUCGGGUCAGUGCAAUAAUUGUCUACUUACUUUGUGAAUUGUUAAGCAACAGCUAUAUUGCCUGUAUGGUGACAAUCAUCUUACUUCUGUCGUGUGACUUUUGGGCAGUGAAGAAUGUCACAGGAAGGUUGAUGGUUGGCCUCCGAUGGUGGAAUCAGGUUGAUGAUGAUGGCAAAAGUCACUGGGUGUUUGAAGCCAGGAAGGCAUCUGGUCAGGGGAGGAAAGCUAUUUCAGAAGCAGAGUCCAGAAUCUUCUGGCUAGGAUUAAUCACAUGUCCUUUACUCUGGGUGAUUUUUGCCUUCAGUGCCCUAUUUUCUUUCAAAGUUAAGUGGCUGGCAGUGGUAAUUAUGGGUGUAGCAUUGCAAGGAGCUAAUCUUUAUGGCUAUAUUCGGUGCAAAGUGGGUAGCAGGAAGAACCUGACCAGCGCAGCAACUUUCUACUUGGGAAGGCAGUUCCUGCGGCAGACCACGCCCAAGGAUGACCAAGCAGUAUCUUGAAGUUCAUGAAGAAACACUACCUGCCAUUUUCAGUCCUUAUGGAGAAUGGGGGGAAAAACACCCCUAUUUCUUGGGCUCUGUACAGGAAAUUUAUAAUCUGUGUAUGGAUUUUUGUAAUUAAAUAUCUUAUAGAAGUGUUAAUUGUUACCAUUUCUUACAACUUAGAUUUUACAGAGCUCUUCUUGACUCAGCUGACUGCUGGACUCUUUAAUUAAUUAAUUCUCCACUUAAAAGUAGGUUAAAAAAAUAGUGAUGACAUCUGUGACUAUUUAUAACGUUGCAUUCCUGAAAUAGCCAGAACUGUCCCCAGGAACUUCGCAGUCAAAUAUUUUUGCUGUUUGAAAUCCAGCUUGUUCAAGAAGUCUCAUGAUAAGGGCUUGAGCAAUCUUUCCUCAUGUGAGAACUAUGGAAUGUAACCUAGAUGACUUAAUGUCUACAUUAUUGCAAGAUCAGGUAUUUUUAAGCAAGUAUUUUAGAUCUGAAUUGGAUAAUUUGAACAAUUGGAUAAUUUCAGCUAAAGAUCAGGAAUUGAGAGGAAGAACUAAGGGUUCCAAUUUCACAAUCAGAAUAGAAAAACACUGAUGCCUAUUGAUCGGCAAAAAAUAACUUUCCUAUUUUGUUUGGUUUUGAUCUGAACCUUCUUGAAUAUUGAGAUUUCCCGAGAAGCAAGGGCAAGUUCCCUUCAGCUUAAUAUCUGAAUAAAAGAGAAUUCUCAGGCUACAACCACCGUAGCCUACAAGGAUGUAGAUCUCAAUUCAUAGCAUCCUAUAGAGAGAGGAAGGAUUUGAGUGUGCCCCUUUGUGCCACUUAACAAGUUACUGAUACAGAAGAACUGUUCUGAAAUUGCUAGUGUCAAUUCAUAAUGAACCCGAACAAGCAACUUCAGAACUGGUGAAAUAGGAGAUUGAGCUAUUUAGGCGGCUCAUGUUACUAGAAAAAUCAGCCCAGGUGAUCCACUGGAAUAAUUUAGGUCAUGAGUAACCAAUCCCCAGGUCGUGGCCCACUUUCGGGCCAUGACUUAUUUGGAACCAGGCUGUGUGAGUGGUGGGCAGGUGCAUGUUCACAUGCAUGCGCAGCUCAGCUUGCGCAAGUCAAGCUGCAGGCACAUGUGCAUUGGCCUACAACUUGUGUGGGCCAGUUCCCUUCUCCUCCUCCUCCCCCAGCUGGGCUGUCGUCAAGCCGCAAAAGUUGUGGACCACUGAUUUAGCCUAGUAUUUCUUUGCAAAUGUGAGCAAUGCUUCAGUGAAUUUAGGCUCUACUGAGAAUGUGGUAGAUUUCUGCAAAUUCAUUGCUUUGAGUGAGUCCUGUGCACAGGGCCUAGCUUGUCACGGUGUGCUACAGAUAGUUUUCAAAAUCAGAAUUAAAGUUUAUUGAGUUACUGCUGUUUACUGGGUGGACAUCCAAUUCUUCAUUUCAAACAUGAUCAAUUUGUAUAGUUCUCAAGAUGCUUAAACAGGAGUUGAAGCUGCAUUACAAUUACUGUUCAGAAGUUUAUAAGUUAAGCUUAGAAAAGAAGUGUUGAUUAUAAACAGACUGAAUAUAAGCCUAGUGGUGGUUUAUUGUUCAUUUUUAAAAGGAAAAGCGAUUGGCAAGUUUCUAUAUGAAUGUUCAUAUUUGGAUAUGAAAAGUGACGGUUCUUGGAAUACAGAAAUAAUGUAUUUAAAAUC